AUGUUUAGAGGAUUAAGACAGUUGCUAAAACUGUAUCUGAAGAAGAAUGACAUAUAUGAUAUUCAGACCGGGACGUUUAGUGCUACAGUGAAACUAUGGCACUUAUACCUGGAUCAAAACAAUCUAACGAAUCUCAGAUCUAACAUGUUUACAGGAUUACAAUAUUUGCAAAACCUUUCCCUGAAGUAUAAUAACAUCAACGACAUUCAGGCUGGAACGUUCAGUCCAACUUCGAACCUUAAAUCGUUGCACCUAGAUAUGAACAAACUAUCAGGUCUCAGAUUUGGGAUGUUUACAGGGUUGGGGAACUUACAGGAACUCCAUCUAGAAUGUAAUGUUAUCAAUACUAUUCAGACUGGAACUUUUAAUUCAACUUCAAACCUUAUAUCUUUGAACUUUUAUAUGAACAAACUUCCUAGCCUCAAAUCUGGCAUGUUCAUAGGCUUGGAUAACUUGAAAAGACUGGGUUUACAAUGGAAUAUCAUCAGUGACAUUCAGGCUAAAACAUUUCUCUCAACACCACAACUAGAAGACUUGUAUUUAUAUUGCAACAGACUAACACGGCUCGGAUAUAACAUGUUUAUAGGAUUAAGAAACUUACGGAGUCUCCGUCUAGACGAUAAUGAUAUCAGUAGCAUUCAGACUGGAACUUUCAACCCAACUACAAACCUUAUCUCUCUGUACCUACCUACAAACGAACUUGCAAAACUCAGAGCUGGGAUGUUCAUAGGGUUAAAUUACUUAAAGCGUCUCACUUUAUGGUGUAAUAACAUCAGUGACAUUCAAUCUGGAACAUUCACAGGUCUCGGAAGUCUCUCUUCCCUUAAUUUGGGUGAAAACAGGAUCAAAGUGUUACCCAAGAUGGUCUAUAGAGAGCUGUCAUCAAUAUCUAAUGUUAACAUCAAUAACAACCCCUGGCAGUGUGACUGUAAGAUACUUCCAUUUAGGACACAAAUGACCGGGUCUUAUGAGUUUGAAAACCAGAUGCUUUGUUCCCAUCCUGCCAACUUAUUGGGGCACAAGCUUAAAGAUCUUGAUCCUGUAGAUCUAAUUUGUGAACCAACUAUUGUGAGAUUUGAGAGACACAAAGAUUAUAACACGUCAACACAGGGGCAGAGUUUGGUGUGUGAAGCUUCAGGUUUCCCCACACCAGACAUCACAGUGACUCUCCCAUCUGGACUGAACAAAACUGUACAGUCAGGGGGGUGGGUGACUGUAGGUACCAACAGUACCGUCACUAUAGACGUUACUGCAGAUGCUGCUGGUCUGUACGUCUGUACUGCAACAAGUCCUGUUGGUUCUACAUUUGCUUCACUGUGUGUUAAUAUCCACCUAGACAAACCCACAUCUUUUACGUUAGAACAAGACCUGCACAAGCCUACAACUUUUACAAUAGAACCAGAUCCUGGCAAGCCUAGAACUUUUACAAUAGAGCCAGAUCCCGCCAAGCCUACAACCUUUACAAUAGAGCCAGAUCCUGGCAAGCCUACAACCUUUACAAUAGAACCAGAUCCUGGCAAGUUCACAACUUUUACAAUAGAACCAGAUCUGGACAGGCCCACAACCGUCUUAUUUGAACCAGCACUCAAAUCUUCACCAGGUCUUACUGUUCCCCGAAACUUAGGAAAACCAGAAAACAGCAAUGGAAAACCCUACAACUUUAGAACCAGCCUUAACAUCUUCACCACGUUUUACUAUCAUCAGAAUUUCAGGCAAGCCAGAAAGCAGCAAUGA